AGCGUAGACAACGUAAUGAUUUAAUGACAGGAAGCUGAAGGUCUCGUCCGUCCCAUAUUCAGCCAACUAGACAGAUCCGUACAAGGAUCACAUGCUGGCAGUCUCUGAAGGAACCCUUGUAUUAAGCAGUCCUACACUGAAUGCCACAGCAGUAUGGUCAAGCAAGGAAGCAGAGUGCUAAGUGCGGGCCAAGUGACAACACCGGGUGUUCGGGCAGCUGCAUCUGACAAGACACCCACACAGACAUGCUGCACGACACGCGUAUGGAUUGUCAUAGUGACGUUGUGCUGUGUCAUAACCAUAACCAGUUUGGCAGUCCUUAUUUGGAGAGAAGUGCACACUGGGAACCUCGAAGACCAGGUCAGUGAGCGGUUCCCUGGGUUCUUCAGGACGGUGGAGCAGCAAUUUGACUUCGAACAGACAUUUUUCAACAUCUCCUCCCAGUACCAUGAAGUGAACUCCAGCGUGGAGGACGAGGCUUCUUGCCAAGUCUCAUGCCACGCGACGCACACACCGAAGUACCACAGGGACCGGAGGAUGGCCCCGGGCCUCGUUACAUUCCACGCCUGUUGUCAAACGAUAACGUAUUUUAAGUCUAAAAGUCACCUUCUCAACGUGUACGGCGAGAAGAAGAAGAUAGCCCAAUUUCAUACCGUCAAGCAGUUUUUCAAGUUUGAGCAAUGUCAACAUGUGACGAACUUCCAGUAUGGAAAGUGCAUACAAAGGUAUGAGUCGGCAACCGCUGUCACUGAAGACCCUCAACGUGGUACCCAUGACAAUCGGAAGUACAACAUAGAAUGGGUACAGGUACCCGGAUGCUGCAAGUGUAUCAACACUUAAAGGACAAUUUUCAGAAAAUGUAAUUAAAAAACAACAGGCAUUAAACCUUGUCUUUUACA